UUGCAUUGGCAAAAGACCGUAUCCUUCCUUCCUUCUCUCUGUCGCUUCUCACGGUCACCCCAAAGUCCAAACGUUUAGUUUGUUUGGAAGGGUUUAAGUCGCAAGAUACAGCUAGAAUGGUUUUUUUUGCUUCAUUCUGUUCUAUAUUUCAUGUUUUGCUUCAUACUGUUCUAUAUUUAGUGUUUCUUUUAUCCCUGGUUGAAGUUCUAGAGCAAGCUGAUUUCAGAAAGAGUUUAUUUGUGUAUCAAAUAUUUGUCUAGUGUUUGUUAACGGGGUUACUAUACUCACUGUAGUCUUUUUACUUUAGCUCUCAUCUUAAUAAGAUUGUUUUGUUUGGUUGGUUUUGUCCUUAACAUUACGUUGCAGAAGCUUCAAAUUUACCGUAGAAGCUAUCUUUGGAUUCUCCACCGAAGUCUAAAGAUGAUGUUGAAGCCAAUAAGCAGGCGAUAUCAAUGGAAAUGGGCUAAGAACCACGAGAUCUAGCCACCAAAAUUUACAAAAUGUCUCACAAGGGAAUGGAGGUUAUCAGGACUCUGGGUAUAAUUCUGACAAAAUUUGGUCAACUAAAUUAUGGUAUGAUGCUACAUACUUCAACGGGCAGCAUAGUCCAGCAAAGUUUAGAUCUUCCUCUUACAGUUCAUGGUGUAAUGCUAACAACUCAUCUGUAAGAAUCCAGGGACAACAACUUAUUCAUAUCAUCGUAUAUAGCUUAAACGGUAAUCGUUGUUUAUGUAAUUUCAAAAUCUGCCUGCUUUACAUGCAACCGUUUGCUGGUCAUAUAUUGGAUGACUUUCAUAAUCAUCAUGUGCUUCCUUUUUAGAGUAUUUACAUUUAUGCUAUAUUUCUUUGUUAGCUAAGGUUAACAAUUAUAUUACAAAUGCUUGUAUUGUAUUUACUGUUUAUUCAUAUAUUUCCCAAGGAAUGAAUGCCCCAUGGCCAACAUCUAGAAUGCGUCCAAUUAUACCUUUGGUUACUAGCAGAACGUGUGGAUUUGGAUAUGGACAUUCAAGUAUGUUUAUGGAUGGAAUUAUCACCCUUGAGGUCAUAGUAAUGAUCAUGAAUUCAACGAGUUAAACAGAGGACCAAGGGCAGUCCGCUCGAAGAAUCAGAAGGUUGCUGGGCUUAAUCCAGUGAUUUCUAGUGAGAGUCAGAAGCUAUCUUCAUUUGGGAAUGAGAACUCCGGAGUGCCUCUAGAUAGGGAACAGUACAACCGGCUAGACUUCCCUGAUAAAUACUCUAAUGCAAAGUUUUUUUAUCAUAAAAUCAUACAGUGAGGAUGAUACUUCACGAAAGUAUGAAGUACAGUCCAGCACCCUAAUGGGAAUAAGAAGCUGGAUGCCGGAUAUCUGGAAGCUCAGGAAAAAACCAGGGGAUGCCCUAUCUUUUUUAGAUGGUUGGUCGUGUAAAUUUCAACAAGACUGCGGACUUUUGGCAGCAAAAUAAGUGGAUUGGCUGCUUCCCAGUCAAGUGGCAUAUUAUUAAGGAUGCCCCAAAUAGCAUUCUGAAGUAUAUCACGCUAGAGAACAACGAGAACAAACCUGUUACCAACAGUCGAGACACUCAGGAGGUGGAGUUAGAGAAGGGCCUCCAGAUGCUCAAGAUUUUCAAGGAGCAUAUAAACAACACAUCUGUUCUUGAUAAUUUUGCCUUUUAUGAACAUCGCCAGCGGUCUAUGCAAGAAAAAAGGGCAAAGCAGCAAGAGAAGCAGGACUGGGAUGGAAUGAUCUCACCUGAUGCUGGUGAUUCAAUGAAAACCACCAAAGGUGCAGCAAAUGGUGAUGCCAAUGGCGUCUGAGUUGUUACCCCCUUUUUAGCCACCGCUGCAAGGCUUGAUUGUCG